AGUGAUGCCCUCCUGGUUCCUAAGAACUGCAUCUUCGACCAUGUACAUGAGGCUAACCACUGCAGAGGUUUUGACGACUGGAACGCUACUGCCAUUGCCGCCUGUGCUCAGCGAGAAGAUGGCCACUACAAACUUGAAAGUUUUUCAAUGAUUCAACCUUGCGGCAUUGAUAGGUUUACUGGGACGGAGUUUGUGUGCUGUCCG